UUAGUUCGAAUACUAAGGCUAAGCGAUUUGUUUUUCCUCCACCAGAAGAGUUCGAAAGAGUGGCUAAAUAUCACCUUUGUAAAACUAUUUUGCGUUAUAAACGACAAAAUGGCUUAUCUAGCAAGGAAAUUGCUAAACAAUUAAAAAUAAGCAUUUAUCGAGCCGAAUAUAUCUUAUAUAGCCACAUUGAUAAACUUACUUUGGAUGAAUUAGUUAGUUAUGCUGAAAGUUUACAUGCUCCCUUUGAAUUAAGAAGUUCCUAUGAAAAUCAAGAAACUGCCCAAAUUAGCCCUUAUUACGAGAAGCAUAACCACGAAUAUUUAGAAGCCUUAAAGAAAAGAGAGAUUAAGCCUACUUCUAAACAAUUAGCGGAAAAGUUAAUUACUGACGAUUUGAUUAGAAAAGUAUUAGUUCCUCAAUUAGAUGGCGAAGAAAUAGACGAAGAUGGCGAGAGAAAUUACCAUAAGUUAAACUCUGCUUUGGGAGCUUUGGGUUUGCCUGAAAUGGAUAUUGAGCCAGUAAUAACAGGCGUUAAAGCUGGAACUAUAUUGCCCAGUUAUAUUGUUGGCGUAGUAGAGGAAGGCCUAAAAUUAGCAACCGGAGUUACAAAAGCUACUUCCCAUUUAGUCGACCGCGUAAAAGAUGCUUUAGUAGAUGCAUCCCUUUCUGGAAUAAAUUCUAGAAUAGGCGACCUCAAAGGCGAACUAGACGGCACCAACGAAAAACUAGACAAACAAG